GACAUCCGCAAACCUAUUUGUGCAAUAAUUUUUAAACAGACAUACGACAUGCGCGACAUCUUUUUCAUUCGUAUGGAAAAUAGUUGUGUGAAAAACAUUGAUGAAAAAUCAUCAAUUCUGGCAUCCCACACUUAUUGGCGCAAUUGAAUAAUAAAUUGUUUUUACAUCAUACUAUAAAUCGUAUCACGAAUCAAAGAUGGGAGACGAUCAACAAUACAUUUUGCGUUGGCAUCACCACGAAUCAACAAUUUUAUCUGGAUUACCUGAAUUAUUAGAUGCCGAUAUAUUAACGGAUAUUACGUUAUCGACUGGAUGUAGCCAUAUCAAAGCACAUCGACUUGUAUUAGCCACAUGUAGCACAUACUUCCUUGAACUCUUCCAAGAUAUGCCAUCACUCCAGCAUCCAGUGGUUGUACUCAAAGAUAUCGAUUACGAUGACUUAUACUCGCUGAUAUCAUUCAUGUAUCGUGGCCAUUGUCGAGUCUCAGCAAACAAAUUACAAAAUUUGCUAACAACAGCGAAAAUGUUACGAAUACGUGGAUUAUGUGACAUGCAAGUACCUUCUUUAAACAACUCACAACAGUAUAAUUUCCCACUAGGUACCACAAUUCUACCAAAAUUGGAAUACGAUCUACAGAAAGAGAGUUGUGAUCUAAAUGGAAAUAUUUUCAACGAACCGAAAUUAUUACAACAAGGUCAAAUUAUCUCCGCAAAUAAAUCGAAUAACUAUCAUCUUCAUCCGCCACAACGGAAUUCAACAGCAAAUCAAACAUCCUCACCCACAGAAUGUCAAGUAUGUGGGAAACAAUUAAGUAACCAGUAUAAUUUGCGGGUACAUUUGGAAACGCACGAAAAUGGUCAACAUGCUUGUACGGUAUGUCCACAUAUAUCACGAAGUCGAGAUGCAUUACGAAAACAUGUUUCGUACAGACAUCCAGAUACAAAUGAUGCAAAUUGUCCACCAAGAAAACGAUGCAAGGCCACUGCAAAUAAUAAUCAUAAUACGACAACAACCCAACAUCAAAAUGGCGGCGGUGGUACUAAUAAUAUAUGAUUGGGAAUUUUUCAUUGGAAAUUAGUUUAGACAAAAAUCGAACUCAUAUAGCAGCACUCUCAGUGACGAAAAACUACAAAUGAA